UAUUUCCGGUGUGCGCCAUCCUCCAUUUUGUUUUACAUCGUUCAAGGGUAUCGUGUACACACACAGUCAAGCUCAGUCUCUACAGGCAAACAUGUUCCGCUUCACCAAAGCUGCCCUCAACCUCAGUGGACAAGCCGGUCGCCAGGUUGCUGUGCGACAUGCCUCCUCAGGUGCUUCCCCGGCGUUCCACGCGAAGUACGGCACGCCUCUGCUGCUUCUCGGAGCCACGUUUUGUACCGCAGUCUGGGGAUACGUGGUCACAUCAACCGGCAUGGCAUGGAAUUUGUCUCCAGUCGGCAAGGUAGAGCCUAAGGAAUGGAAAGAGUAACUGGAACAACACAUUUGGGGAAUAUCCUCAAACUUUGUGAACUUUUCCAUUUUCUUAAUGGAUAUGCUUUACACCUAAACCCUGUUGGUCUGAUGUGUAUGUAAAAAUGUAAUAAAUUGAAUAUAAAUUUAAAA